AUGUUUCAAAUAGAAGAAUGUCAAGUCAAAAGUCAAUAUAAAUCUCAUUUAGUUGAAUUUCAACAUCAUGUUGAAGAAGUUCAAAGAUUCUUUAUUAAUCAAAUUGCUUGUUUUAAAUUUACAAUUGCUUGUAUAUUAGCAAAAAUUUUUGGUUGGUUAGUUGUUGGUAGUACAAUGGCACCAACUCUUGGUAGAUUAAGUGAAAUUCAAUUUAGUGCUCAAUUUUGA